GGUUCUGCUGCGGGGUGNGGGUGGCGGACUCAUAGGGUCUGACUGAGGCCACAGGGAGGCUGCGUCUUGGGAUCGGACGCCUUGGCGGGACGAUGGACCGAAAGAAAAAACCUUUGGACGUUACAGCCUCCUCGUUGGUAGAUCUUAAGGCGGAGCUCUUUCGAAAACAAGAAGAAUUCAAACAAGAAAAACUUCUAAAAGAUUCUGGAGCUUUUGGAAAACCAAAGACAAUUAAUAAGAAGCCAAGUAUCUGGAACAAACAAAAUGCAGGCGUUACAAGUCGAGCAGAGAAAGACGCUGAACAGAAGCUUGAGGAGCAGAAGACUUUAGACAAAGCAAGGGAAAAAUUGGAAGAAAAGGCCAAAUUAUAUGAAAAGAUGACUAAAGGAGAUUUUCUAGAUGAGGAAGUGGAGGACAUGUACCUUGUGGAUUUCACACAGAAGAUCAUAGACAAGCGAAAAGAAAUGGAGGUGCUUGGUGCCACGAGAGAGUCCCGAAUGGAGGAAGAGAGAGAUGAUGAUGAUGAUGAUGAAGGAGAGUUUUCUGACAAAGACAUCCCUCCUCCUCAAGACCCCAGUGAGGAAUGGGUGGAUUACGUGGACUCUUUGGGCCGAUCCCGGCGCUGCAUGAGAAAGGAUUUACCAAGUCUGUUGGAGAUGGAUAAAAAUCUUCAGGGGAGACUUUUUGUUAGUCCUGCUAAUGAAAAAACUUUGUUAUCUGAAGACAUGAGGAAAGAACUUCAGCGUCAGCAAUGGGAGGAAGAAGAAAGGGAGGCCUUGAAAAAGCCAAUGGGGCCCAUCCAUUAUGAAGACAUCCGGGAAAAUGAGGCCCGACAACUUGGUGUUGGGUAUUUUGCCUUUGCCCGAGACAAAGAGUUAAGAAACAAGCAAAUGAAAACUUUAGAGAUGCUUCGUGAACAGACAACAGAUCAGAGAAUAAAACGAGAAAACAUAAAGGAAAAGAGAAAAGCUAUGUUAGAAGCAAGACUGGCAAAGCUUCGACAAAAGAAGAUGAAAAAAUCAAAAGAGGAUGGAACUGAAGAAGAAGGCAGAGAAGCAGAUGGAGUUGUUCCUGAGCCCUCAGAGCCAAAGCCUGUACCUGCCCCAGCUCCUGUGGCCCAGAACAGCAAGGUGGAGGUCAUCAUCCAGGAGAGGAGGGACACCAAGCCUGGGGUGCCACACAUCCGAGAGUGGGACCGAGGGAAAGACUUUUCCUUUGGAUUCUGGUCGAAGAAGCAGUCAGAACUCCGAGCUGAGCGAGAUCCUGAGUUUGCCCCACCUUCAAAUUACUUUGUGGGUCAAAAGAGAACUGCUCCUAUGAGUAGCCAGCCAUGGAACAGACCAGGAUCAGCACCAAGUGACUUGGGACAUUCCUCUGGCCAGAGCCAGGAACCCAGCUCUUCACACACAUCCACUCCUGCCCCUGAAAGCUCACCACAAGCACCCACAGUCACUUUCCAAACACUAGAUGAUAUGAUAUCUUAUUAUAAACAAGUCACAUGACCAUGUAAAACAUGCUGGUUGCAUUUGUGUCAGAAGUCAGGCAGGACUGAGUUUUACUUCUUUCUUCCUGUGCUUUCCCAGGGAGCACAGGCUUGAGGCCACAUUAGUUGACAGGGUGGAGUGAGAGCUCAUUGACUUUGGUUGUUCAUUUUCUUACCACUUGGUAUAGGGGGACUAUCUCCUCCUCUCCAUGCUGACCCAGCUGUGACUCUUUUGGGGUUCACACAUUUUGAGGUGUGUGAACUAUAAAUGCUAAUCUGAGAAAUCUGA